UAAGAUCAGCUGGAAGCCUGAUAAGCAGUUGAGCAUAAACUUCUUUUGCUUUCACUCAUGGCUGACAGUGCUUACUCUGGUGCUCCAAGAGACCCCCUCAAGGAAGACAUGCACUUACUGCUGGAGUGCAUAACUUGCAAGCCACCUUGCACCUCUUCCCAGAAGCAAGCUCUGACAUUAAUGGCAGAUAUGUACUUAAUGGAGGAUGAUAACGCAAGGGAGAUUUUCAGAACAGAAGGCUUCCUUGAAGCAGUCAUUGACCUCUUGAAGAAUACGGCAUCUUUAGAAGUGAAACAAGCUUGUCUUUGCACGCUAGCCUGUGCUACUGACAAUAAUGUCAAUACACAGAUAAGACUUUGCAAAAGUGACGUCUUUACAUUACUGUAUUCACUAUUGAGAUCCAGUGAGGCUACUUUGAGGCUAAGAUCAGGAACUGUCGUACUAUUGGCCAACAUAAUGAACAAUAACAGUCAAGGACAAAAGAUGGCAAGAGAGACAAAGUUAUUGUACAAAUUGAUUGAUAUGUUCAAGAGUUUAAUUCAAGAAAAAGAUGAUCUUAUUGCCGACCCUAUUCUUAUAAAUUAUUUUCAAAAUAUUGGCAAUGGAUUGUCUGUAGCUUGUGACAACCCACAGAAUGAGUUGAACCAGUGUCAGUGCAUAUCAAUAUUCCCUGUUGCAGUCCAUGUGUUAGGAUUAGCAGCGGAAGGCUGCUGUGAUCUAGAGGGGGAGUUAGUCGUAUUAAAAUCUGUCAUUAAUGUUUUCACAUCUUGCAUUGCUAAUAAUGGUAACACUCAAGAUAAGUUGUAUAAAGUUGGAGGACUUCGGGUGAUGACAAGAAUGUUGAUAAAACAAAAAGAGAAAACAAUAACAGGAGGAGAAGAUGAAAAGAGACAAGAGAGGCUUGAAUUUAUAUCAUGUCUCAUGCAAGCAAUCCUCGCUGCAGUCACAAAUAAUGACACUAACACAAAGUUUCUGGUCAGUUUUAAAAUGGUGUCCCUAUUGCUGGAGCUAUUGUCUGAUAAAGGAGGGCUCAAUCCAAGACAGCAGCUAAUAGCAAUAACCUGUCUGGAGACACUCAUUGAAAAUUCUGAUGAUCAUUGUAACUGUUUCAUUGAGUGCAAUGGAGAGUCACUCCUAAUCAAUCUCAUGGCUGAGUCUGUAGAUGAAUCUAUAGAUAAAAUGAUACCUAUUGUUAUCAAAAUGAGUAGGAACAGAUUAAAAGUACCACAAGUGAUUGAAGAAGAUGAGGAAGAAGAAGGAAUAUUUGAAGCAAUAGAUAUGCCAAGACACUUGGAUGCUGCUCAUGGUUGCAUGGUUAAUGAGUCUGCAGCUGCUAAAAAUGAAGGGCUACUCAAAAAGAUGUCAGUGAUACCAUUCAAUACUAGGAUCAAUGAAUGGCUGGAAAAGGCAGAGACACAACUACAAAAACCUCCUCUAUACUCACCUUCUCUUGGUCCUGCAGAUACUACCAAUAAAGACAAUGCACCUCUUAUCAACACCACAUUACCUGCCCCACCAUCAGUCUGCACAAGCUUUAAUGCUAGCACAGUUAAGAGUAGAUUAACUGACCUAGAGAUGAGUCUAGCUGAAGAGAAGGAAAGACGAAGAUGCUUGGAAAUUGAGCUGGAAGAAAUUAAAAGGAGAGAAGUAUCCAAUCACGAGAUGAGGGGAGAGGAGGAGGAAGAAACCACUUUCAAGAAGCCAUCCUUUAAGCCAAAGAGAUUCAAAACAAGAGGAGAGAAAAACUCAAUGACUAGAUAUAAGCACAAGGCAACACCAAGGCCAUUAACAAGGGAAGGAGUUCAGGAGACAAAGAGAAAAAUGUACCAAUCAAGCAAAAGCAUUCAAUUACCAAACUUGGGAUUGGUCCCUUAUACUAGUACACCAUCUGAAAGAAUCAUACCUCAUACAACAUUUCCAAAGCGCUACAGUGAGCAGUAUCAUCUCUCUUCUCAUCAUCAGCCAAUUGCUUCUCCUUUAACUCACUCUCAGCCAUUGGUAGCACCUAGUACUCCUAAAAGACAGAGACCUCCUUCAAGGAUAAAGCUAUACAAACAGCAUCAAAUAGAUCAAGAGCACAAGAAGGAAUCACAUCAGCCAUCAUCAUCCCUGCAGCAUCAAGAGAGCAGAAAUGAGAUAACAAACAUUGAGAUAUCAGACGACUCUCACUUAACUGGAUGCAUUGGUUGCAUGUCUUCGCCAGCACACACUGGUGACUCUCUAAACAGUCGUAACUUCAUACCCAGUCUGAGUCUAAGCAACAGCACCUGCCGGUAUCACAGAAAAAUCACAGAGACCGUCCUGACUAAGAAAGAGCUACAUGUAGUACCAGAGGGUCCUAAAGAGGCUGUCUUACCUUUAGAGCCUUUCAUGACAUCUAAAGCCUCAAACAUGGAGAAAGAUGAUGUUAUUUUCAUAGAGAAUGAUAAUGUUGUUUUCUCACCACUUCCCUCUUCUCCAUCUCAGUACAACAUAAUAGAUAGUCCUAUAUCUACAAUAACAACAAGUACACAAUGUACUACUAGUACAGUAACUAUGAGCAAUAAAGAGAAUGAGGCUGAGCCUGGAAUGAAGAGUAAUAGGAAGAACAAUAGAGGGCUACCACUCAUGACUCUGUCUGAGUCUACCAAUGGAGCCUGUAGGCCAUUAGACGAGUUUAUAGCAAAGCAAGUGAAGGAAAAGGCACCAAAGGAGAUGGCAAGGAAAGUUGCUUAUGAUGUGAGUAUUCCUCACCACAACAGGAACAAGAAAAAGAGCACCAAAGGUAGACAAAAGUCAUUGUUCUUCACUGACGAAGAAGUUUCCUAUUUACGUAAAGGAGUAUCAAAACUGGGCCCACGAUGGAAGCACAUACUCAAUGCUUAUCCAUUUCAAGAAGGAAGGACCUCCACUAGUCUGAAGGACAAGUACAGGCUCAUUAAGGACAGGAAAUAAACUUAGACUAUAAAUACGUGUACUUAAUCAGAAUUGCAUAUAAUAACUAUAGUUACAUGAUACAUGUGAAUAAUAUUAAUUAUUAUCAUUUUAGCAUCAUCGUCA